AUGGCGUCCGAGCGGCUCCCAAGCCGGCCCGCCUGCCUUCUCGUGGCCAGUGGCGCUGCAGAGGGUGUGUCGGCCCCGUCUUUUCUGCACUGCUUCACACUGGCCAGCGCUGCCUUCAACUUGCAGGUGGCCACCCCGGGGGGAAAGGCUGUGGACUUUGUGGACCUGGACGAGAGCAGUACACGCUGGGCCCAGGACUUCCGCCUCAGGUCCUAUGCCAGCCCCGCCAAGCUUGAGUCCAUCGAUGGGGCUCGCUACCAUGCCCUGCUUGUCCCCAGCUGUCCUGGGGCACUGGCCGACCUGACCAGCAGUGGGUCCUUGGCCCGGAUCCUGCAGCAUUUCUGCUCCGAGAGCAAGCCCAUCUGUGCGGUUGGCCAUGGUGUUGCCGCCUUGUGCUGUGCUACAAGUAAGGACGGAGGCUGGCUCUUCCAGGGUUACAGCAUGACGGGGCCUUCCGUGUACGAGCUGGUCCGGGCGCCUGGCUUUGCCCGCCUGCCCCUGGUGGUGGAGGACUUUGUCAAGGAUGCGGGCGCCAGCUUCAGUGCCAGCGAGCCGGACGCUGUGCACGUGGUGCUGGACCGCCAUCUUGUCACUGGCCAGAACGCCAGCUCCACUGUGCUGGCAGUGCAGAACCUGCUCUUGCUCUGCGGUAGCCGGUAA